AUGUCCUCCAAGGUAGUUACGCCUAUUAAAAAGCGCAUAUCCCGUGCCUGUGUGCGGUGUAGGAGACACAAGACCAAAUGUAUUCUACAACUUGCGGGAUCUGUCGCUGGACCACCUUGCCAGAAAUGUGUAGAAGCUGGCGUGGAAUGCGUACUGGCAACAUCGAACCGUGGCGGAAACCGUCGACGAGUAUCUAGUGGAGCAUCACUGAACAAGAAACCGCCCUCUCCUCAUAUUGUGACAUACUCGCCACCUGACCAUGCCCCAGAUGCCAAAGACCUCAAACCAUCGCCUCCCAUCGCUCAGGCCGUGAGCAUUGACGACGCACUGGUCUCCGCAGACCUUCAUGACACUUCAGAUGCACUAAAUACAUUGAGCGAAAUAGCCGCCAACGCGGCAAAUAACGAUGCGAAUAGCUCAAGAAUAUCGCCGCUAUCGAUAGGGCAGAAUGAGCAGACCCAAUUAAACCAGCACGAUGAAAUAGGCUUACUAGAUUAUCAUCUUGUGCGUGCCGGUCUGUUGACUCCGUCGAUAGUUUGCGAACUUGUUGAACGAUAUGCAGCAACCUACCACCCUUUCUAUCCCAUCGUACCUGCAAAGACACUAGCGCGAACCUCCCUCGACGAAACAGCUAGACGAGAGCCACAUCUUCUUACUGCGAUCCUCACCAUCGCAGCUAAAGAUAUUGUGAACGGAGAACCGAUCCAAAAGAUAUGUGCUCAGUAUAUGCAGUGCCUUGUCAGCGAAAUAAUUGCAGGGAAGAAAUGCGGCGUAGAAGCUGUGGAAGCAUUACUUCUGUUAGCAGAAUGGGUACCGCCAGGAGUACAUUCUGAACCGGCACGUGGGUAUUGUGGAAACGAAGAUAUGGCGGCUUGGAUGCAUAUAGGUCUUGCUAUCCGGAUAGCCUAUAUAUUGCGGCUGGAUCGCGCAAUGUUUGACGAUUUGAGGAAUGGUAUUGUGAGUCUCAGCAGAGAAAAGUAUGCCUGGCUAGCCUGCUACCUUUCCGAUCGACAAAUAUCAGUCAGAAUAGGCCGCCCAUUCGCUUGUCGCGGCUUAGAGCCUAGUAUCCUAUUUGGCAACAGCAGUCUUCCCAGCGUUAACUCUUCAGAUCCGCAAAGCACAGAGGAUAAUGAUUUCGUUCAUCUCUUUCGUGCCCGGCUAGAGCUGACACAAAUCUUCACCAAUGUCCAUGAAGCCUUAUAUUGUAGCAUGGACUUCAGUCCUGAUCUGAGCACACGAAUGAUGCAAGUCGGGACUUAUACAGUCCUCCUCGACGAUUUUAGAGGUGCCAUUUCGGCGUGGAAUAAGAUCUGGGGGUCGUUACCAUGCUCUUCACACGUCAGAAUACUCUUACAAUUAUCAUACGAGUAUCUUCGCUUGUAUACCAACGCAUUCGCAUUCCAAGCCUCUGCACUACGCAAAACAUCCAGUGAAUCACAGGCGCUAGAAUAUCCUAGCGAUGAAGUCGACUCAACCACCGGCACUGGGUCGCUCCCCGACGCUCGAUUUAUAUAUGAUUCUAUAGAUGCUGCAAAGGCUCUUUUGACGAUCAUUAAUAACUAUAUUCAGCCGCCGGCGAGUCUGGGGGAUUUUCCGAUUCGGUUUUUGUUAUACUGUGUGAAUGCUGCUGUCUUUUUGUACAAGGCAUGGAAAAUGAAUAUCCUAUCCGCCGCCGAAAAGUCCAGCGUCCACCGUCUCAUCCACGAUACAAUCAACCGCCUACGUGAGGGCAACUCUCUACAAUGUGACAUCGGCGCGCGAUACGCGCACAUCCUUGAAGUGCUCUGGUCUCGAGUCGAUACGGAAUUCGCAAAGCCCGGUGGUGGUGGUGGUGGCAUACAAAAUGCAAACCUUGAGAAUAACCACUGCAAUGGGUGGAAUAACGAUCAACCGCAACAAUCAAAACUCUACCAGGAUGAUCAACCACCAAAUUGCUAUGAUGGAUUCUCAUGGCUUGACCUGGAAACAAUCAGUGACUUUGUAUGGACGGAGAAUCCCAUGCGUGGAUAUGAGGAUGCGACGACGGACUUGGUGAAUCUGCCGCCGGCUUCGAUAGAGGCGACGAUGGCCGACGAUGUUGGGUGGAGCAGUACAAGGUUACAGACUGUGAAUGAGGCAUCCUCGCUACUGUUUUGA